UUAGUCAGUCCCGUCGUUCUGUGGGGCGUGAACUCUUCUUCCUGCUUUAUAAAAAAAACUUACGCCACAAAUCUGCAGAAAAACUGUCCCGCAAACGUCUCAUUCGCGAUCACUUGUCUUCGGAGGUGCAAUGAUGAACUGCUGUGGUCUGAUAACUUCCCAGAAGGAGCCAGUUCCUCUGAAGAGCAUUGAGGUGGAGCUGGAGGUGAAGGAUCAUGUGGCUACAGUGGUCUCCACUCUCCUCUACGAGAACAAGGAGGACAAACCACUAGAGGCUGUUUUUGUCUUUCCUCUGCCUGGAGAUGCUGCUGUCUGUCAUUUCAGUGCUAAGAUUGGACAGACACAGAUUGUAGCUGAGGUGAAGGAGAAAAAGGAGGCUCGUGAGGAUUAUGAUGAUGCACUGAGCUCUGGUCAGCAGGCCUUCCUGUUGGAGGAGAGUGAGCAGAGUCCAGAUAUAUUCUCUAUGAGUGUAGGCUGUCUUCCUCCAGGAGAGAGCGCCUCCAUCAGGCUGGAGUACGUCACUGAGCUGGCUGUGCAGGCUGAUGAUGGACUGAGGUUCUGUCUGCCUGCUGUGCUCAACCCUCGCUACCAACCUCAAGGCAGUGAAGGAGCCAGUGUCCAGGUGACCUCUGUCCCAGCCUCUCUGGUGCCCUAUAGUCUGUCUUUUUCUGCCCAACUGUCCUCUCCUCGUCCAAUCUCUAAAGUAGAGUCUAGCUGUUCCUUGGAUCCUCUCCAGUACCUCAACACUGAUCAAACCCAGGCCACUAUCAAGUUGGCUGCAGGACACAAGUUUGACAGAGAUGUUGAACUGUUGAUUUAUUACAAAGACGCUCAUCAGCCCACUGCUGUGGUGGAGGCAGGACAGGCCUCUGCCAAGCCUGGAUCUCUGAUGGGUGAUCCAGUGGUGAUGCUGAGCCUGUACCCUGAGUUCCCUCAGUCUGUGAUGUCUUCAGUCGCCUCAUGUGGAGAGUUUGUGUUCUUACUGGAUCGAUCAGGGAGUAUGGAUAUGCAGAUGAGCAGCGUGAAUCAACAGACACGCAUUAGCAGUGCCAGGGAUACUCUGCUGCUUCUGUUGAAGAGCUUACCAAUGGGCUGCUAUUUCAACAUUUAUAGUUUUGGGUCCAGCUAUGCACACAUCUUCCCUCAGAGUGUGGAGUAUAACCAGAAGACCAUGGAGGAGGCUCUGAAGAAAGUUGAGGAGAUGGAGGCUAAUAUGGGAGGAACAGAGAUACUGGAGCCCAUCAAACAUAUUUACAAACAGCUAUGCAUUCCCAAUCAUCCAAGACAGCUGUUUGUCUUCACUGAUGGAGAGGUGUGGAACACCAAAGAAGUCAUUGAUCUGGUAAAGAAGAAUUCAGGUUCCCACAGGUGUUUCUCUUUUGGGAUUGGGGAAGGGGCCAGCUCUGCCCUUAUCAAUGGCUUGGCCAAGGAGGGAGGAGGUCACGCUCAGUUCAUCACAGGAACUGACAGGAUGCAACCAAAAGUGAUGCAGUCGCUGCGAUUUGCUCUACAGCCAGCUGUGGUGGACAUCUCAGUCACAUGGGAUUUACCAAAGGGAGUGUCUGUCACUGUCCUCUCUCCACCAAUCACAGCUCUUUUCCAGGGUCAGAGGUCACUGGUUUAUGGCCAGCUCACUGGAGAGAGUUCAGAGGCAGCAGAGGGCUGUUUGACGGUGAAGUACAGCCUGGCGGGUCAUCCCUCUCAUAACCAGCUGCACUUCAGUCUCAAACCUGCAGGAGACACUGGAUUAACAGUCCACAGGUUGGCUGCUCGCACUAUGAUUCGCUCUCUGGAGAUGGAGGAGAGAGAGGAUGGAGGAGUGAAGGAGAAGGUGGUGGAGCUCAGCGUCCAAUCAGGAGUGAGCAGUUCUUUCACUGCCUUCAUUGCUGUCAAUGAAAACAGUGGUGAAGCAAUUCAAGGACCUCUGGUGCGCAGAGACGUUCCAACACCUGUGUGUUGGGGCGCCUCUGCACCAAUGAUGGCCGCUUGCUGUAAUGCUUCUCCAGCAUUUUAUGGCUACUGCAUGGAUGAUAGUUCUGGCCUAGAAUUGUGUGACAUGGCGUAUUGCGAAGAAGAAGAAGAAGAAAUCACUGUGCCCCAGCAGCCUCCUAAAGACCCUCUGCUGCAGCUGAUCUCCCUCCAGAAGGCCUCUGGGUCCUGGCUGCUGGAUCCAGCUCUGGCUGCUGCACUGGAGAAGACCAGAGAGGAGGUGGAAAAGUCAAAACCUGCACAGGUCAAUGAGGAAGUGUGGGCCACCAUCCUGGCUCUGAUCUGGCUUCAUGGUUUCAAGAUGGAUUCAAAGGAAGAGUGGGAGCUUCUGGCCAUGAAGGCUGCAUCAUGGCUCAGUGCUCAGAAAGCAGCAUGUGUACCAGAGUGUGUGCAAGCUGGAAAUGAACUACUGGGUUGCAAUGUGCUGAAAGACGCUCUGGGGCUCUGAGGGUUUCAUGAAACGUAAACUUCAGGACUGGUACAUGGAAGCACUGCAGAUGCUAUUUUUUUAAUAGAUGUAACGUAAAAAGAUGGUGUUGCUCCCGUUCAUGUUCCCCAACAUUAUACCAUCCUCAGCUCUUAACUGAAUCCUUAGUGGUUUCUUGAACAUUUAACAGGUUCAAUUCUGCAUGUUAUGGGGGUCAGGCCGAUUCUCUUUCAUCUGAAAUUAAAUUCAUUCUUUUGUACUGAUCACUAAUUGUUUUGCACUUUAAUUUUUUUUCCAUUAUUCUUUAUUUAAGUCUCGAAAAUGAUUGGGGUUUCCCUCAUUUGCGAUGAUGUUGAGGUACAAUAACAAUAGCAAUGUAAAAUCAAACAAAGACUAAAUCUAACUAAACCUUAGUUCCUUAGUUAGGAAACAGUACUACAUGAAGCAGGUGCACACUGAGGUGAGGUGGUUUGAGAUCAAUUGUGCUGUUGGUGCACAGUAACUAAAAGCAGAUUUUCUUAAUUUGAUGGCAAUUCUGGACAAUCCGUUGUGAAAUAUAUCGGAAUUGAUCCAAUUUAUGACUGUUUACAUCAAAAUUGUGACAUAUACAGUUAUGGUGGAGGACGUGGCUAUGUGAGUGUUGUGGGACAUCAAAUGGAUUCCUGGGUGCACCUUUCUUGGAAAAACAUGGGGAAACUAGUGCUUUAACAAUUUGGCGCUGACUAAAAAGAAUUAGAUUCAGUCUGCCUGUCAUUUUGUGCCUUGAAAAGCUGAAAAUUAAAGUCAGUGCUUUGAAAAA